UCUCUCUCUUCCUUAUCCCUCUCUCUCUCUCCGCCACUCUACAAUGGCCGGUCUACUCAAAACGCCGUCUUUACACCUCACGCCGUCUCUCACUCAUGCACCCUCUGUGCCCUUCAAGCCCUUCUGCGUCUCCUUCGCCGGAGGAAGGAGAACCAGCUUCUCACUCUCUCGCCGAGCUUCUCUGCGUUCCGUCUCUGGUGGCUGUCCUCUCCGUUUAGUUAACUUCGUACCCUUUGCUUCUGGAGAAGCCGAAACGACUGAGACUGAGGUGGAAUCGAGCGAACCUGAAGUCCAGGAGACGGAUGGUGCUGAGGGUGAAAACGCUGGCGGUGAGGAAGAAGAAGCGGCGGUUACCAUAGCAUUGCUGAGUUCAUACAAAGAAGCUUUAGCAGAGAACAACGAGGAGAAGAUUGCUGAGAUAGAAGCGUCACUGAAGUCCAUCGAAGAUGAAAAGUUUCAGCUCCAGGAGAAAGCCGCCUCUUUAUCUAAUGAGUUAACUGUAGAGAGGGAUCGGCUGAUAAGGAUCAGUGCGGACUUCGACAACUUCAGGAAGAGGAACGAGAGGGAGAGGCUGAACCUUGUUUCAAAUGCUCAAGGGGAGGUUGUUGAGAAUCUGUUGGCGGUUUUGGAUAAUUUCGAGAGAGCUAAGUCCCAGAUCAAGGUGGAGACCGAGGGAGAAGAGAAAGUCACAAACAGCUACCAGAGCAUAUACAAACAGUUUGUUGAGAUUCUAGGUUCGCUUGGUGUUGUCACUGUGGAGACUGUCGGCAAGCAGUUUGAUCCGAUGCUACACGAGGCAAUAAUGAGGGAGGAUUCUGCGGAAUACGAAGAGGGUAUAGUACUUGAAGAAUACAGGAAAGGUUUCUUGCUAGGGGAAAGACUUUUACGUCCUUCAAUGGUGAAAGUGUCAGCUGGACCCGGACCAGAAAAGCCAGGUGAAACUGAAGGAGAAGUAGCCGUUGCACAAGGAAGCGCAGAAGGAGCAGAAGCAGAAGCGUCUUCUUCAUCUUGAAUGAACAGACAAUCAAGACUAAGCAGUUUUGUGGUGUGCGUAAGAGAGAGAGAGAGUGAGAGAGUGAGAGAAGGGUCUGGUUAAGAUUUAAUUAUUGGCAUUGUUGUUGUUGUUACACUAAAUUAUUUCUACAGAGUUUAGCGAAAAUAGAAUGAGAUUUUCUAUCGA